AUGACUAUGCAUGGUGAUGUAAUUCUGCAGGACUGGAUACGCACUGCGUCUCUCGGGCAUGAUGCGUGUUGGCUACCUAGCGGUCAGGUCAUGAUCCUGCCCGGUGCAACCGUAACAUGGGGCACAGAAAUUCAGAAGUCGGUAGAGGACGAUACGGUUAAACCUGGAAGCCCAGAGAUCAAUGUACAGUCACCGCUACUGACAGGCGCGAGGAUGCCGUCGCAUACAGGGCUGACCUUCAUCAUAUGCAUGAUACGUGUGGUGUAUACAUCCGACGUAUUCAUCGUGUCCCAAAUACUCGCAACGCGUUUCCCGUCUAAUAUCUUGGUCGAGAUCCUCGACGUCCGGGAGCCUCUAGAAGGCUCCCCCAACUCUGCGCCCGCUCUCCCAGUCUACAAAGCAUGCCCCUCUUCAACUCCUUAUACAUACUCCCCUCCCUAUGCCCUCAAAGAAGCCUUCCUCGACCUCAUCCACACAUUCCUCUAUAUCGCAUUCACAGUCUCCGCCUGUGCCCUGUUCUCCAAGCCUGGAUCGAGGUGUCAGGCAACAGGUCCACGCGAAAUCGCAAAACACCUCAAAGACCAACAGAUGGUCAUGGCUGGAUGUGUGGGAGGAAAAUGUAACGUACUGGAGCUCUUGUUUGUCGCGAUUGGAUUCGUCUUUUUACCGGAUCGUGGUCUCCCUUUACAAGAGGAUCAACGCACAACUGCGAUGCCGCCGAGCGCCUGGCAAUGGAACGAGGAAAGUGUACAAUGCUCAGACGAAGAAUUACGGAAGUUGGGAGACCUCAGGACCUGCGCCUCGCAUAACCCUAGCAACGCUCUUGCGGCCCUAUCGACCUGUAUGACGCCCAACUCAGAGGCUGGCGGUCAACUCUCGCAGCUCACCUGUGCCCUUCUCUUUUCGUCGUGCAGACUCACGAUCGGGGCCAGAAAUUGCGCAUUCGCCUAUACGAUUAGUCUUGCUUCGUACGGAAGCGGCUGA